ACAUACGCGUUUCGUCAUUCGUACACGGAAGCUCGUCGCGGCGACUCGUCUAUUAUAUUAAAGUGCAUAGUGCAGUGGUUUUAUAAUUUGACUCGUUGGAAUUAAACUGAAUAGUUCCAGAAUGUCUCGUGUAUGCGUAGUCGGUGCUGGCGCCGCUGGUCUCUGCGCGGCUCGCCAUCUCCUAGAAGCACCUUGCGUGUCUCAGGUGGAUGUUCUGGAACAAUCUGGACAGUUGGGAGGUACAUGGGUGUACACAGAGAACGUGGGAUAUGAUGACUUCGGCCUCCCCAUUCAUACCAGCAUGUAUAAGAGUUUGAGAACGAAUUUACCCAAAGAGAUCAUGGGCUUCCCAGAUUUCCCAAUACCAGAGAGUGACAAAUCUUACUUACCAGCUAAAGACAUGCUUGCUUUCCUACAAUUGUACGCAGAUAAACACGGUGUUACGGAACAUAUUAAUUUCAAACAACACGUCCAACAAAUAAAGCCUAAGACUGGACCUUCGGGCGAGCUCUGGGAUGUGACUUAUAAGGACCUGACUACUUCAGUUUCCGUUACAAAAGAGUAUGACUACGUGUUCAUAUGCAAUGGACAUUAUAAUACCCCUUUCAUUCCGAAUAUUCCGGGUUUGAAGGAGUUUGAAGGGGACGUUAUGCAUAGCCACGAUUACAGAGUGCCAGAAAUAUUCACCGGCAAGCGAGUCCUGGUCAUCGGAGCUGGACCUUCCGGUAUGGACAUAGCUCUGGAGAUCACCAGCGUCACCACGAAGGUGAUCCUUAGCCACCACCUGAAAGAAGAGCCGAAGAGCGUGUUCCCGAACAACCUGGUGAUGAAACCUGAUGUGGUGAAGUUGGAUGGGCGGAAGGUGAUCUUCGCUGAUGGCAGUCACGAUGAAGUGGAUGUGGUUUUCCUUUGUACUGGGUACCUAUACAAUUUCCCGUUCCUGGAUGAGUCGUGCGGUAUCGUGGUGGAGGAUAACUGUGUGGAGCCGUUAUACAAGCACUUGGUGAACAUCCAGCACCCCACAAUGUGCUUCAUCGGAGUGCCGUAUUAUGUGUGCGCUUUCUCCAUGUUCGAUCUGCAAGUGCGCUACUACGUGCGGUCAAUGAACGGCGUGUUCAAGCUUCCAUCACCAGAUGAGAUGAUGCAGCACUGGGAGCAGGAGAAGCAGGAGCGAGCCGCGCGCGGUUACACCAAACGGCAGGCGCACAUGAUGGGACCCGACCAGGAACGAUAUUACGCAUCUCUCGCGUCGGAGGCGAACACGAAGAAUCUACCAUCUGUGAUCACCAAAAUACGUGAUGAGAGUUCCAUCAGAUUCCUCCACAACCUGCAGAGCUAUCGGCAAGAUGUCUACAAAAUAAUAGAUGACGACACGUACGAAAUUAUAAGUAACGGCAAACGGGAGGUUCUUUGUUGACCCUAAAAGGGUAUAAUGGUAUGUUAAUAUUAAGUUCAGAAUAGUGAUAUGUUCCUUUAUAGAUAUGUUAAAAUACAAUGUAUUGCUCAAUUUUAUAUAAUUUAUUUUAAGACGGUAAGGUAUCGACUAAAAUGUUACUGUUAUUUGUCAAUGGAGCAAUUUUGUAGAUAUUUUUUAAUGAACCUAUUUUGUAUUGUAUAAAAGUUACCUAUAUGUAACUUGCCUUUAUUAUAAAAGAUGAUGAAUAAAACUCGAAUUUUCAGCCAAAAAUAUUUUAUUUAAGCGUAUUUAUAAUCUUUAUAUUAUCAAUGCUGAUAUAUUAUUAAAUCUUUAAAUCUAAUAAUUAUUUUAUGGCUUCCCAUUUAAUUACACACUACGGUUAUAGAAUAUUUAAAACUUAUAACAGACUUAAUGCAUAAUAAAAAUAUUAGGAAUUAAGGCUGUCUUAAAUUUUAUCAAAUUUAAUGUUAGUAUACAUGCAUUGGGCCGAGCUCGCAACUCGCUCAAAAAAUUUGUACUUAAUAUAAUUUUUUUUUUUCAAAAUAAAGACGUUACUCUCAAUAUAUAAAAAUACCGUUUAUUCUCAUCCACAAUAUCAAUUAAAUUUAAUUUUUUUCCGUGUCCAAUAUUAUAAUUUCGUAUAUAAAAUCAUGAAAAACCUUAAAUCUACAACUUAACGAAAUGUAAAUCUAAAACUAUAACAAAAAUACGUCGUUAAUGGAUACAUUUUAACUCAAUAUGGAAGAAGAUAUAUUACGUCUGAAAAAUAGAUUUAUAAAUAAGAAAAAAAAUCAUCUCACUGGAUACUUCCUUUAAGGAAAACGAUCUUAUACAAUAUGCUGUACAAUAUCUUUUAUAUAAAAAUAGGGUAUAGGAAAAUGCGAUAAACAUAAGUGGGUCACUGAUUUAUAAAUACGCAAACCAUACAUAAAACACUUAUAAUGAUCCAUCGUGAUUGAGUUGCCGCUAGACAAAAAGUUAAGGUAAAGACAGCCUGUGUUGCAUGCAAACAAAAUAUCCUAGAAAAAAUUAAUUAUGAAAACUAACUCAAAAUAUUCAAGAAAUUGUCGCUCUACAGUAAACCGCAUGUCAAAUUCUACAUCCAUAAAAUUAUGUAUGGUUUACAGAAUAAAUCAUAAUAGACAAUAGUUAAUUAACAUACAUUAUAUCGGCUGAAUAUUUUCCAAAAUUUUUUAUAAACAUUUUGGCCGCUUCGUACAAAAACUUACCUACUUCCCUAAACCUCAACCUAGCUACGUCCCUGUCUUUUCAGUCCCUUCAUACAUUCAUUAAAAAAGGAUAAAAAGCCGGGUCUCAUACCCUGUAGAAAUAAACCCUAAGUAAAUAGUACGCUAGGAUAUAAUGGCAACUUAGACAUGCAGGCGUUGUAAAAAGACCACGUACAGUGGAAACAAACUUAUGAACUAGCAAUGUUCUAUAUACACUCUUAUCUACGACCAAAUUAAUGAAGUAUCGAGCGUCUAGCACCAUUUUGAUAAGGUAUACAUCGAGUAACAUAAUAUUAUCAACCAAAAUAAUAUAAAAUCAGAGAAAACAAACAUAUAACAAGCGCGUUAUCGAUUUCCAAUUAUAAUAUCAAUCGAAUGACUAAUACGAUCACCGGUCAAUUUUGAACGAAAUAAGGACUAGCUGAGACAGUAUUGCAUAAGAAUAGAUAUAUGAAAAUGGACUACGAUGUAAACAUAGAAAUCUAAUAGAAUAUACAUGAAAUAUACAUCUAACUAUACACUGAGAUUACAGCGUUACAUGUAUAAAAAUAAAUCACAUAUCACCGUGUCCAUCGACCCCCAGUCGGUCGACAUCACAACUCGGCCCACAAACAACACAACAUUCCAUAAAACGUAACAAGGGUAACUAACACGCCUACGUCGAACGUCCAGCGGACGGCAAGUGUGAAAAAUUGUCGCAUUCAUUGAGCCUCGAAAAUCUACCUUGUACUCUUAACACCUGUAUGUGAUUUUGAAAGCUAAGUCGAAACUACUGAUAAAAACACUAACAUCGAGAUUGUUAAAAUCACUAUUAUCACUAUUGAUAAUCCGUCGAAGAAAACUAAAUCUAUUUUAAUAAUAAAUGAAAAAACGAUUAAAAUCGUUCGAUUGCACUUUUUUUU